GCUGUGGGCCGGGGAGGAAGGUGGUUGGCGGUCUCUCUACCACCUCCGCGGCUGCCUCCUCCGCUUGUGCUGCCGCUGCGGGCGCCCGGCCGCUCGGCCGCUCGGGCAUGAGACCGUGAGGCGGGCAACGGGUCGGGGCCGCCGACAUGUUUGGCCGCUCGCGGAGCUGGGUGGGCGGGGGCCAUGGCAAGUCUUCCCGCAACAUCCACUCCUUGGACCACCUCAAGUAUCUAUACCACGUCUUGACCAAAAACACCACAGUCACAGAACAGAACCGGAACCUGCUAGUGGAGACCAUCCGUUCCAUCACUGAGAUCCUGAUUUGGGGAGAUCAGAAUGACAGCUCUGUAUUUGACUUCUUCCUGGAGAAGAACAUGUUUGUUUUCUUCUUGAACAUCCUGCGGCAGAAGUCGGGCCGCUACGUGUGCGUUCAGCUGCUGCAGACGUUGAACAUCCUCUUUGAGAAUAUCAGUCACGAGACCUCACUUUAUUAUUUGCUCUCUAAUAACUAUGUAAAUUCUAUCAUUGUCCAUAAGUUUGACUUUUCCGAUGAGGAGAUUAUGGCCUAUUAUAUAUCGUUCCUGAAAACACUUUCGUUAAAACUCAACAACCACACUGUCCAUUUCUUUUACAACGAGCACACUAAUGACUUUGCCCUGUACACAGAAGCCAUCAAGUUUUUCAAUCACCCUGAAAGCAUGGUUAGAAUUGCUGUAAGAACCAUAACUUUGAACGUCUACAAAGUGGAUAACCAGGCCAUGCUGCACUAUAUCAGAGAUAAAACCGCCGUUCCUUACUUCUCCAAUUUGGUCUGGUUCAUCGGGAGCCAUGUGAUCGAACUUGAUAACUGUGUGCAGACUGAUGAGGAACACCGGAAUCGGGGGAAACUGAGUGACCUGGUGGCCGAGCACCUGGACCACCUGCACUAUCUCAAUGACAUCCUGAUCAUCAACUGUGAGUUCCUCAAUGACGUGCUCACAGACCAUCUGCUCAACAGGCUCUUCCUGCCCCUCUACGUGUACUCACUGGAGAACCAGGACAAGGGAGGAGAACGCCCGAAGAUCAGCCUGCCGGUUUCUCUCUAUCUCCUGUCGCAGGUCUUCCUAAUUAUACAUCACGCACCCCUGGUGAACUCGUUAGCUGAAGUCAUUCUGAAUGGUGAUCUUUCUGAGAUGUACGCUAAGACCGAACAGGAUGUUCAGAGAAGUUGUGCCAAGCCCAGCAUUCGGUGCUUCAUUAAGCCCACCGAGACGCUAGAGCGCUCCCUUGAGAUGAACAAGCACAAGGGCAAGAGGCGGGUGCAGAAGAGACCCAACUACAAAAACGUUGGGGAGGAAGACGAGGAGGAGAAGGGGCCCGCCGAGGACGCCCAGGAAGACGCUGAGAAGACUAAAGGUACUGAGGGUGGUUCAAAAGGCAUCAGGACGAGUGGGGAGAGUGAAGAGAUAGAGAUGGUGAUCAUGGAGCGCGGCAAGCUCCCGGAGCUGGCGGCCAGCACGUCUGUGCAGGAACAGAACACCACGGACGAGGAGAAGAGUGCCGCCGCCACGGGCUUGGAGAGUGCACUGUGGAGCAGACCCUUCCUCGAUAUGGUGUACCAUGCCCUGGACAGCCCAGAUGAUGACUACCAUGCACUGUUUGUGCUCUGCCUCCUCUACGCCAUGUCUCAUAACAAAGGCAUGGAUCCUGAGAAACUCGAGCAAAUCCAGCUCCCAGUGCCUGGUGCGGCCGAGAAGACCACCUACAACCAUCUCCUGGCCGAGAGACUCAUCAGGAUCAUGAACAACGCGGCCCAGCCAGAUGGGAAGAUCCGGUUGGCGACGCUGGAGCUGAGCUGCCUACUCCUAAAGCAGCAAGUGGUGACCAGCACAGGCUGCAUCAUAAAGGACGUGCACCUGGCCUGCCUGGAGGGCGCGAGAGAAGAAAGCGUUCACCUAGUGCGGCACUUUUAUAAGGGAGAAGAAAUUUUCUUGGACAUGUUUGAAGAUGAGUACAGGAGCAUGACAAUGAAGCCCAUGAAUGUGGAGUAUCUCAUGAUGGACGCCUCCAUCCUGCUGCCCCCCACGGGCACGCCGCUGACCGGCAUUGACUUUGUAAAGCGGCUGCCGUGUGGCGACGUGGAGAAGACCCGGCGGGCCAUCCGGGUGUUCUUCAUGCUCCGUUCCCUGUCACUGCAGCUGCGAGGGGAGCCCGAAACCCAGUUGCCCCUGACGCGGGAGGAGGACCUGAUCAAAACGGAUGAUGUGCUAGAUCUGAACAACAGCGACCUGAUUGCAUGCACCGUGAUCACCAAGGACGGCGGCAUGGUCCAGCGCUUCCUGGCUGUCGAUAUUUACCAGAUGAGCUUAGUGGAGCCCGAUGUGUCCAGGCUUGGCUGGGGAGUCGUCAAGUUUGCAGGCCUCCUGCAGGACAUGCAGGUGACGGGCGUGGAAGAUGACAGCCGCGCCCUGAACAUCACCAUCCACAAGCCUGCGUCCAGCCCCCACUCCAAGCCCUUCCCGAUCCUCCAGGCCACCUUCGUGUUCUCGGACCAUAUCCGCUGCAUCAUUGCCAAGCAGCGCCUGGCCAAGGGCCGCAUCCAGGCGAGGCGCAUGAAGAUGCAGAGGAUAGCCGCCCUCCUGGACCUCCCGAUCCAGCCGACGACCGAAGUCCUGGGGUUCAGACUUGGCUCCUCCUCUUCUACCCAGCACCUGCCUUUCCGUUUCUACGACCAGUGCCGCCGGGGCAGCAGCGACCCCACGGUGCAGCGCUCUGUGUUCGCGUCCGUGGACAAGGUGCCAGGCUUUGCCGUGGCCCAGUGCAUAAACCAGCACAGCUUGCCAUCCCUGGCCUCACCAUCUGCCGGCGGGAGCCCCAGCGGCAGUGGGAGCACCAGCCACUGUGACUCUGGAGGCGCCAGCUCAUCAUCCACCCCUUCUGCCACCCAGAGCCCGUCAGAUGACCCCGUGACUAUGGAACCGCCUCAGCCUCAUCUUCCCAGCCAGUUGGUGAUCAUCAGCGACAUGGACGCAGAGGCCAGGCCCAGCAAGAGCCUGGCAAGGAGCGCAGACACGGAGGCAGUCAACCUGUCCCCCAGCCUCAUUCCCGCCCAGCAGCCCACCAUCUCCCUGCUCUGUGAGGACGCUGCCGACACGCUAAGCGUGGAGUCGCUGACCCUCAUCCCCCCCGUCGACCCCCAUAGCCUCCGCACCCUCACCGGCAUCCCCGCGCAGCUAGGCCAGGAGGCCGCACACCCGGAGCCAACGGGCCCCGCCGAGCACUGAGCGGGCGCCGAGUGGCCUCCCUUUGUGUGUGGGGGCCUGCUGGCAGGGACCCAGUACAGCUGACUCAGAGACACAUCGGGAGCACCCACUGUCCCCGCGGCCCCCAGGAACCACGGCUGCCAUCUCUUCUCGUGCUCCUUCACUCUGUUUGAAUUCCCCGCUUCACUUUGCACCUCUUGGAGAGCAGGCUGGACCUGGGGGAGACACCCCAGUGAGCCCAGAUGACCAGGCAGCUGCCUCCAGGAGGAGGGCAGCCUCCUGGUCUCUGAGCCUGAUGACCCUGGGGUGGCAGGACCCCCGCCGCCUCUCUUCAUCAGCCAGCCACCCCGGUCUGGGAGCUCCUCGGCCACCACGCCCAGUGUGCCCGGAACAACUGGACCAAGUCACUUUGGGUAGAAAUUUGUAGAGAAACAAACUUGGAUAAGCAUCUCCUUUGGAUAUUUAUUUCCGCUUUUGGCAGCAGAUAAAAAGCAUUUAUUUAAAAAGCAUCUAUUUAAAAAAAAUAAUAAGUCCAAAAAAAGAAUCCUCAGCCCUUAAGGUUUGACGUCAUGUUAAAAGUAUAAUAUUACUGUUAAGAUUUCAUUUUCAUUUUCAUUUUCCCUCGAACUUCCCAGCCUUGUGUUCUAAAGCUCUCGGUCUGGCUUUCCCUGUUUCCUUCUCUACCACUCGCUAACUCUGCGAGCCUGUGAAAUGAUAAGUACCUUCCUGGAAAGUUUAGCUUAUUUUUUAAACAAAGAUGAGGGAGAUACAUGUAUUCUCAGGUACACCCAGAGCUGAGAGGGCCAAAAGUUUCUCUGUCGCGGUAGCCAAGGCACCUUGCCUUGUUUCCUGAAAAAAAUCUUCCCAGGAAAGGGGCCGAUGCAGCCAGCUCCCCACUCAGGACCCAUCCUUCAUCUCUCUGGACUGAAACCAGUCAGGACGGCUUCCCAGCAUCACCUUCAGUUCUUACCACCUCUCUUUGUCUAGAGAGAACCAUCUGGGACCGCGCAGACCCCGGCCCCGUGGCCAUGAUGGAAAGAGGAGGCCCCAGAGGCCGUCUUCCAUGCGGCCUGCGCCCGUCUACGUGUGUGCACGCUGCCAUGCAGGGCGAUGCCCAAGGGCCAGGUCCCGCCCGCCACAGGGACACGUCCCGUCUCGACCAGUUGUCCUGGGAGCUCAGGUGUGCCGCUCUCCCUCUCGGCUGCCGCUGCCGACACAAGCUGAUUUUUCAAAUGGAAACUCCCCACUUGCUUCUCCAUUUGUGCCGGGCGCACGCGGGCCGGUUCUCCGACGUAUCUCAUCGUGCACCUGCGCCGUUCUUGUCUGCGUAGCCGGGCCCAACCCGGUGACCUUCGCCUCUCCCGGGUCGGCGCCAAAACCUUCCACACUUUCCUCCUCGUGUGCCCGCCCACAGUGCCAGCACAUCCGGGCCCGGGGACCGUCGGCCUGUUCAAGGACCACAGGCCUCAUGGCCUCCCUCACCCUGCGGUGGCAGCAGAACCCACCAAGGAGGGCCGUGGCGCCCGUGGGGACGGGGCUCUCCACCAGGAGAAACCCUCUGCUUAGCUGUGCCCGCCCCACUUCAAUGGGGAAGAGACCCAGCCCCGAGAAGGAGGCGUGCCGGCAGAAAUUCCAGGGGCCUUGGCAGGAGGGAUGAGCCAUGACCAUCCGCAGAGCCCCACAGCAAGGAGAGGCAGGUGGGAUGGAAGAAGGGGUCAGGCGGUCCCUGACGAGAAAGGGCAUGUCAUCAGCCACAGAGGCCUGCAGCCGGCCACCCAUCCUACCGGAUCCUUUGCUUGGAUAGAAGAGCGGGCUGGCGCUCUGGUUUUGCAGGGACUCUGGGGCAGCAGAAAUGACGGAAGGCAAGUAACUUCCCAGCCCGGUGGCAUUAUUGUAAAGAACAGGCCCCCCCUCCAGGACCACCGGCCUGCCCUCUGAAAUCCAGUGGCUCCCAGCGGCUCCACAGCCACCGAGCACUGAAGGAGUUGGGGACAGCACGGUGGGAGGUCCUGCGGCAGCAUUGCCGAGACCCGGAGGGUGGAGUGGAACGAAACGUGCCACCUGCCGAGGGCAGGCAUGCCCCGGAGGUGGGCUUGCAGCGUGGGUCCUGCGGCUUGCCCCAGCAGGACGCCUUGGGGCGUGGGGUGGGGACUUCCUUAACCAGGGGCCCCCUGUCACCUUGCGUGCGGGUGAGGAGGAUGCAUGCGUCCUUGUAUGAGGAGGUCUGGGGUCUGCAGGAGGCAGGCAGCCAUCUUGGCUCUGAUGAAGGACCUGCCUUGCUAGGUCUUGACCAUCAUGGUGGCCGCGGGCACGCUGUGUCUUUGGGAGCACCCCGCAAACCUAACAGCAGGGGCUCUCCGAGGCAGGCCAGCCCAGACAGGGAGGGCCGGGACUCUGGGGCCGAGCAGAGAGAGGUAGAGCCGUGAGUCCUUGCAGAGCAGGAGUGGGGACCGUGCCCUCCUGGACUCAGAUUUCUGGGGCCAAGCUCGGCAAGCCCACGCGGCCUACCAUCUGUCUCCACGUCCCACCCUCCUCAAGUCCAUUGGGCCCAUUGGGUUUGCGAAGUCAGGGGCAGGGUUGGCCGCAUGAACCCUCAGACCUCAGCUUUGAACGUUGUGUGGAGAAGCGUAUGUCCUUACAGUGUAGGGGCUCGCACGAGCGAGGGCACCUCUCGCUGAAGGUCAGAUGGGGUGAGGCCAGGAGCUCUCCAGCACCAGCCCCAAAGCCCCAGCAAGGAUGUGGGGCAGAGACGCCAUCCCAGGGAGGGGCAGGAGGAGGGCGUCCACCACUGCAGGCCUUCCCUGCUCCCUUUCCCUCCGCCCAGCCUGUCUGUUCCCUGCUCUCUGCAGAAGGCAGCUCCCCCCACCCCCAGCCCCUGCAUUAGCAAACCCCCCCCCCCCAGGCGGGAGUGAAGAGACCUACCUCGUUAAAGACAUACACUAGAUUUCUCUAAGGUCUCACGAUGCACUGUUAGAAAUAAAGGCACGGCGUGAACGGAUUCUCAUCUUUUUCUCUAGACGCAAUAAAUAAGAAAUACUUAAUGUA